UUUCACCGUUCAUACUUUAACCGAGAUCAAAACUUUGAGAGGUGGAACAACAACGACACUUCAACAUCGUUUUCAUAGGCAACUAACUGUUCAACGUCUGCAAAGGACGGGGACACUGGUUCAAAUGGAGAAAUCUACAAAUUUCCGCAUCGAUGCGCUUCUCGCUGUUGACCCGCCGAAGGUGCAGACAUCUCCGCUUGCGCUUGUGACUUCUUUAUCCUCCUCUUCCAUUUCAUCGUCCGGAAGUGUACAAGCCUCAGAAUUGAAUGCCGACUCUUUAAGGACUGAGACUCCGUCUCCACCGAGGAUUUCCUCCUGUGGUUUGAUUCCUAAACCGGGCUUCUUGAACAGUCCCCACAGUAUUGUUGGAUUACAUCCACAGAGUAGCGCAGGGAUCCCUUCCCAGGCUCUCUACGGCCACCCCAUGUAUACCUACUCCCUCGGGCAGCACCCUGCCCUGUCCUAUUCAUAUCCUCAUGGGUCCCAUCACCACCAUCCCAGUGACUCCCUCAAACUGUCUGCCGGGACCUUUCAGCUCGACCACUGGCUGCGAGUCUCCACAGCGGGAAUGAUGCUGCCCAAAAUGCCCGAUUUUAACUGUGAGUAUUCUCAGGCCCAAUCAAACUUGCUUGGAAAGUGCAGAAGACCAAGGACUGCAUUCACAAGUCAGCAGCUCCUGGAGCUCGAGCAUCAAUUCAAACUGAAUAAGUAUCUGUCGCGACCAAAGCGCUUUGAAGUGGCUACAUCCUUGAUGCUGACUGAAACGCAGGUGAAAAUUUGGUUCCAGAACAGGCGGAUGAAGUGGAAACGGAGCAAGAAGGCCAAAGAGCAAGCCGCGCAGGAGGCAGAGAAUAAGAAAAACAACAAAAACGGCCAGGAGAAAUCUGACGGACAGGAACAAACGGAUUAUCAAAAGACUGGUUCUGCAAAAAGUAACAGAAUAAGAGACUUCGGGGACAGUGACGAUGAUGACGGUGGUAACUUCCUGUACAACUCCUCGGAUUGCUCUUCAGACGACGAGAGAAACCACACCAGUGAUAUAAGUCCACAACCUUGAGACAGGGACAAGGAAACGUGGGACAAGGAAACGUGCAUUUUUGAAAAACUAUACACUCCAUAAACUACAGAUGCAUGUAGGCCUACAGUAAUAAAAACAUUAAAACCUACCCGGAAAUUCAGAAAUUAAAUGAGAAUAAUUUGGAAAACACUAAAGGAUCCAUGCCUGACUGAGAUUCAGUGUGUGCAGAAUGGCUCUAGCAAGCAAGGUCAGAUUGACGUUUUAGAAGGUAGUAUUGAGGUACAUUAUUUGUAACAUUGCAUGGUUUUAUGUGACAAUGUCAUGUUUUCUCUGUUGUUUUAGGACCCUAAUGUCCACUACAAUCAUAUGGGUUCUCCACUAUAGGGGUUAUUAUCAUAAUAUUUUGAUAUGGCGACCAAUUGUAAAUUCAGACAUGCCACAUUUUGCAUUUUCUUUUGUGUCAUGUUUUUGAACAUUGUGUGGUUUUACAGUUAUGUCAUUGCGUCAUAUAGGCCUACCAUUUACGUGCAGAAAAAUGUUAUGCGUUUAUUUUUGUACACUGUGUUUAUAAAAUGUCUACAUGUCUGCAUGCUAAAUUAUUGUUUACCGUCUCCCAUGGUACAGGCGACAUUAAAUAAAUGUGUUUUUCCAUGCUGACGAAUGUGAAUCUAUUAAACACACGUUUCCAACUAUGAUCCCAUUUUGUAGGCAAUUUGGUUUUAGUUUAGAGGUCAUUAUGUUUUAUUUAACCAGGCAAGUCAGUUAAGAACACAUUCUUAUUUUCAAUGACGGCCUAGGAACAGUGGGUUAUUCAGGGGUAGUACAACAGAUUUUUACCUUGUCAGCUCGGGGAUUCGAUCUUGCAACAUUUCGGUUCCUAUUCCUACGGUCUAACCACUAGGCUACCCUGCCGCCCCAUCAUUUACCUUCAGGUCUCAGUAUAACUUUGAUUGAUAAAGACUGUUGAUUUUGUUUGAUCAACACAUAGUCGGGAAGUCUGUCAUCUUGCACAGGAUGCAAUAAUGUUGAUGACUAAAUGCAUAUUGUGGUGCAUAACGUGCGAACUAGCAGGUUAUUUUAAUUAGUCACGACGUCAUGUCUAUAUUUAGCAGAUCGAAUGGCAAUCGGAUGAGUUCAAGCCUUUGAAAAUAAUACUUGUGUUGUGUAUCUGCCUAUACUGAUUAACGCGCGGUUUCAAAGGUUUAUGAAUACGAUCCCCUUGUUGGUUUGUUUGCUCUCCCAGCACGUUUGCACAGAUCCAAUAGUGCUAUUGCGAUUCCCAUGACCCGACCUGUCAGACAGACCAAGGAGGAAGACAGAAUCUUCAAAAGUGUAUAAUAGCCUACUAACAUGUGUAGAUUACAUGAACCACACACUAUAAUGCAGGUCUUUCUGGAUUAUACUAUGUUAUAUGCAACUCAACAACAUGUAUGCCUUUAUGAGUCAAAUGUAUAAAAGGCAACAACAUUAAAGGCUACUGAGCUCACUAUGGGAAGAAAGUAGAGCUCUUAGUAAUUGCAAUGGCAUUUGUGGCUAUGUAAUUCAGUCCAGGUUAGUAGUCAUGCUAUAUAUAUACUAAUUAGGCCUACAUAGCACCUAAGAAGUUCUAUGUCAGAGCAAUUACAUGCCUGUAAAUAUCACCACAGUGCUCCAGGCAUGAAGAGCAUUUCCUUUGCAAUAUAUUCCACUUCUAUUAGCCAUAAUGCCUUUUCUAAUAUCUCUCUAUAUCCAAUAGCUCUCCUAUGAUCCACAUGUGCCGGUUGCCUGUUCACAUUCACAUGCAGUGUCUUUUUGUUCAGGAAACACAGACGUGUUGCGUUGCAGCUAUACAUUUAUAAAGUGUGAUGUGUUUAACAGUGUACCAUGCUUCUCAUUCAUGUUCGACCAAAUGCAUUAUGCAUUUUUUUUUUUUUACUGAGAAAAGAAGUGUUCCAAAAUUUGUUCCAGAAGUUUGGAGUUCCUGCUGUGUUAGUAUUGGUUAUUGAUUGAGGAGUAAUUCCUCACAGCUGAGUUUGCCCAGCUGUGUGGGUAUAUAGAGAGCGAGCUCCUUUAUCAGCUCAUCAACACCUCCCAGCCAGGUAUUGGACGGGAAAACUCGUUGGGAGGGCAGGACGGGGAGCAAAGUUUGAGGAAACAGAGCUUUGAACAGUAGACAAGAGUCGACACGUGUCCCAAAUGGCACCCUAUUCCUUUUAAAGUGCACUCCUCUUGACCAGGGCCCACAGGGCUCUCGUCAAAAGUAGUGCACUAUAUAGGGAAUAAGUUGCCUUUUGUGAUUUACCAGAGUCAGUCUGAAUGGAACACACACAGCCAACCAUUGAUAGUAGCAAUCAACACACAUAAAUAGGCAAUUACAGUCACUGUACUACAGUGUAAGCGUUGUAAAAUAUUGAGCUCUUAGGCUAAUAAUAGGCCUAGCUUCUCCAUAUUUAGUUUAUUCCUGUGUGACUAUGUUAGUACUGUAUAGUGUUGAUUAAGUAGUACGUACUACAGAUGAUGGGAUUACAGACACCUAACUGGCUGGUUGUGUUUGCUAUCUGGACAGGUUUCAGUAGAACAUCUUAGCAGACCCAUUACAGCAGGGUCACCCAGGGGUCAAUACCAACCUGAUGACUCCCACCUGCAUACAAUAGCCUGUGUGAUCUUCACUGACUCGUCUGUCUAUUUAUCUUGCAGUCCCAAUCUGCCUCUAGUUGACUCACUGGGUUUUCUCGUUGUAAACCACAGAGACUGACUCAUUCAGACCAGCAAUAUCGUCAUGGGAGUCUCUUCAUGUAGCGGUUCAGAAAAUGCAUAUGAUUCAACUUUCGCAUUCAUCAAAAUACAUCAAUAUUAGACAUCACAAAGGAUUUGAGGACGAAGGCACUGCCACCCUCCCAAAGAAGCCAUUGUAAGGUCUGAGAGAGAGAUGUUUCCUCUGAGUGACCCCUGUGGCCCUGUCUCACCCUCUGGCCACUCAGGCCCACACACAGCUGAAUGCAAACGUUAUUAAUGGAGCUAAUUAAUAGGAGCAGGCAUCAAAUGUAACGCAAUGACUCUGCUAUGCGACACAUGCAGCCACUGUUGUCAGAGACGGAAUAAAAACCCCAGUGUCCUUUCAUUCUGAUGGGUAGUCUACGCAGAAUAUGAAUGAACAUGAGAUUAGACAUCACAAAUACUCAUUAACGAAAUGUUGAUACAUUCAAGGGGGGGAAAAAAAAACACCAAAAGAUUGAAUAGUGAUUCAGUUGGCACAUCUAGAAGAAGGCGUAAACAUGGACGCUUGCGCAUUGGAAGAGGUCAAUCAUUUCACAGAGGAACGCUAAUGGCGUUGACAACAGAUUAGAAAGUGACCUAUAAAGUUGGCUAUGGACAAGCAGAUGCCACUGGCAUACACCAAGCCAUUCAUUUUCUCCUCAACCACCUCCUCCUCAGCCGCAAGUCAUGGUUAAGG